AUUUUCCUAUAUAAAUUGUAGAAUGUGAUCAUUACGGAACAACUUGUUUUUCAGUUAUUAAGCGUUCCCGUCUGCUUACAAAUAUUAAAUAAAUAUUUUUCUUCGUUUCUGUUUAGAAAUAGUAAAUGUCGAGUUUUUCUUGAAUUGGUGAAUUCUGAUGCAAAUAAACAUUUAAAAUAAUAAUAAGAACCUAAAAUACAAUAAAAUGGGUUCAGAACAAAGUCGUACUACGAGUAAUAAACAGUCAAUCGCAAAACGCAUUAGCUUACCAACGAAUUCACAAAAUGAUCGAAGAAAAUCUUAUAAAGAGGAUGCUUUAAAAGCAAAAGAAAGUACACAGGAUAAAAGUGAAGACAACUUGGAUUCCCAAAAUAUUCAGCCACAAAAGCCAGGUGAAGUUAACGCAUUUCGACAGUUGUUUUCUGACUUCGAACUCGAUGUGUUAUUUUCCACAUGGCCACUGUUGUCAAAAAAUCCGGUCAGGACUGGCUGUUUCGUAUUUAAAAACGCUUUUGAAAUUCAUCCAAAAUUAAGUACAUUUUUCAGUUUCGGUCAUCUAAGCCCUGAAGAACUUCUUGAAAGUCCAGAUGUCAAAAUUCAUGCCGCUAAAGUAAUGAGAGUGAUACAUAAGGCCGUAGAAGCGUUGGACGGUGACAGUAAGUCUCUUUAUGAAGAGUUGGCUCUGCUCGGUGCAAGGCAUGCAGCCAUAUCCGACAUGAAGAUAGAGUAUUUCAAAAUUAUCAAGGAAGCGAUUCUAAUGACUUGGGGACGUUUAAUCUACGAAGAAUUUACUGAUGACGUCAGAAAAGCUUGGGCACACGUUUUAGAUGAAGUUGUUUCAAUUAUGACUGAAGGUUGUUUGAUAUUUGAAGAAGAAGAAGAAAAAAUACUUGAGGAAGGUGAUGUUUGCAACGACAUGGUCGCUUUAUCAGAUGAUCAUCAACAAAGUCACAACAAAUAUAAAAAAACCAGUCGCACAAGUGUUGCCAGCGUGCCGAAAGAAGAAUUGGCUCAAAUUUAUUCAAGUUGCAAAUAGAAAGUAAUAAGUACUUUUUAAUAAAAAUCCAAGCUGUUCCUUUCAAUAAAUUUAACUGCUAACCAGAUGACUUUCAUCUUAUUCAGUAGGAGUAACUUUUGGUCAGCACAGUUCAUUCUGAACUUUUAAAAACACUUAUCAUAAUUUUAACACAAUAACUUCAUCGUAUUACCUGUCAUUCUUUGUCCAAACACUUUCAUGUUUUUCAGUCAGAUUAAAUGUGAAAAGACCAGUUCGGUUACAACAUCUACCAGUCUUGCCAUACAUUUGUAUUUCAAUCGAAUAAUUUGAAGAAAGCCAGAAUAAAUUGUAUCAACAUGCUUCC